UGUCACCUGACCUAACUUGUUGGCCUGGCAUCCAAUCUUAUUUGUUAAGCUCCAUGUGCUGCGCUAGCUUAUCCCUACUACCCACUCGUCUUAUGAUUCUCUUUUGACACAUGAUGUUUGUGUUACCUGCUUAUACCUCUGGAAAGUUUGUUUGCCUUGUUGGCAUCAAGAGUGCUUCUACGAAUUUCAUGAAUAUUUCGCACAUCUAAAAAGUGCGAUGGAGUUGAUGCUUCAGACCAAAAGGGGAACAAUUCAUACUGUCCACCUGAGUCUCGACCGGGGUCACGCAGGUUCCAAAUGAACUAUACCAAGAAUCGUUUUUGUUUUCAAGCUAUCCAGACCAUUCCAGAUGGCGGGAACCUUACCACUGGAAUCGCAGAAGCCGCACGUUCCGAACUAUCCGAUGCCUGUUUGGUGGUUUCGAAGGCACUCAUGGCCGUAGGUAUGCGAAUGUUGACUGACAAAGUGUUCCCCCAAAAAGCAGGUGUGGCGCGUCCUUCAAGUAACUUUGUUUGCACUGUGGUUUGCAGGUUAAGGACACAUUUGAGGAAGACAAGAAACCAAGAGUGUAAUUGCUACCCAAUUUGUAUCAUGAGAAGCGCCAGCCCGACCGUGUUGCUCUUGAAUAGCAGACUUGAAUUAAUGGUUGCGAUAGUGAAUGCAGCGAAGUAAGG